UGCUCCAGGCUUUCCCCUCCAGCCGCCUCUGCUCUCCCCUUCGCCACUCUUCCACUCCCACCCCUCGUGUUCUCCAUCUCGCAGCGUCCCCGCUCCCCAUCUCCGCCCCAUCCGUCUUCGCCCCGCGGCCGGUCGCCGUAGCCGCGGAUGGACUCGUCGUCCUCCUCCCCCUCUCCCUCGGCGGCGCCGCCGGCCGCCGUCGACGCGGGGCGGUACACGUUCAGCCCGAAGCUGCGGUGGCAGCCGGAAGUGGAGGAGUACUUCGCCGCCGCGUACGGACGGGACCGAUUCGCCCGCAUCUCCGAGGCCCUCGCGCAUCCUUCUCGUUAUUCUUGUAUUCGUGUCAAUACUCUCAAGUCUUCCACUGAUACUGUCAUGCAAAAACUUAUGGACCUAGUAUGCGAAAAUGGGGUCUCUGAUGGAAUCAAUGGCUUGGAGAUUGUUGAGCAGAAUGGCGGAGACCAAUCACAUGAACGGAGCUCUCUAAUCCAGAAGUGCCCCUAUGCUGGCCUUGAAAAUGUUUUGUUUGUUCAGGGAUCAGGACCACAUGUGUUGCAUUAUAAUAGCCAACCAGACCAAUCUGUUAAGGAAAUAAUUGUAAGUCGAAAAUGUGCAGAGUCAGUUCUUCGAGGUGCCCAGGUGUAUGUCCCUGGUGUUUUAGCCUGUAGUUCACAUGUUGAAAAGGGCGAUAAGGUUGCUGUGUCAGUUGCUGUUGAGCAGCCAGUCAAGGAUGGUGGUUGGGCUGUGGGUGUAACACGAGGAACCGUUUUACAGGGAUUGCAGACAGAUGCACAUUAUGAAGAAAGAAAAGGCUUGUACAUUGGUCAAGGGACUGCUGCAAUGUCAAGAUCUGGAAUAUUUCGUGUUCCUCAUGGGAUUGCAGUAGAGAUGACUGAGAGGGUAUACAAGCUCCCAUCUUUCAAUGAUGUGCUUGAAGGGGAGAUAUUUCUUCAAAAUUUACCAAGUGUUGUGGCUGCUUGUGUUCUUGAUCCCCAGCCGGGAGAGCGAAUACUAGAUAUGUGUGCAGCUCCAGGAGGAAAAACAACAGCAAUUGCUAUCCUUAUGAGGGAUAAAGGAGAAGUUGUUGCCCUUGAUAGAUCUCACAAUAAGGUGAUGGAUAUUCUGAAGUUGGCUUCAGAGAUGGACUUGAAUUGUAUUAAAGCUUAUAAACUUGAUGCCCUCAAAUCUGUACGGAAGACUGAUGAGGCAACAGUUGUUGGCAUGGCUGAUGGUCACUGUGAAGCAAUUAAGACAUUGGCUGAGGACUCUGACCCUUGCCAUGCCACAGUAGAUGACAGAGCUACUAAUGUAGUUGAAGACAGCUCAACAACAACAGUGGCGCAGUCUGAAACAGAACAACCUUUUCUGAUAGAUGGCAAAAACCCAGAAUCCAAAAGAUAUGUUAGUAAGGCAGAACUAAGGAAGAAUUUAAGGCGGAUGAAGAAUGGACCAGGAAGAAAUAAUUGCUCUGGUGGUAGAGUUGAGAAGUCAAAGGGAUUUUUUCCUAAUAGCUUUGAUCGAGUCCUCCUUGAUGCUCCAUGCUCUGCACUUGGCUUGAGACCUCGGCUCUUUGCUGGUGAGGAAACUCUAGAGUCGCUGAAAACUCAUGCAAGGUAUCAGAGGAGAAUGUUUGAUCAAGCUGUCAAGCUAGUUCGCCCAGGUGGGGUGAUUGUUUAUUCCACGUGUACUAUAAAUCCUGGAGAGAAUGAGGCCUUGGUGAGAUAUGCAUUGGAUACCUACAAAUUUCUGUCACUGGCAUCACAGAACCCAAAAGUUGGAGGGCCUGGUAUUGUUGGUUCAUAUGAGCUAUUCAACAAGACAUAUACCGAGGAAUGGUUGACAGAGCAUGAAGCUGAACUUGUUCAGAGGUUCGAUCCAUCUUCACCAGUGGAUACCAUUGGUUUCUUCAUUGCAAAAUUUAAUGUCGGAGAGAAAGAGGACUAAAUGGACCGGGUGAAAGUUUUUGUGCGUCUGACUUCAUAUGCUUGAGGCUGCAAAAUCAUGGCACGGAUGUCAGCUUUCAACUUCGCAGAUGGUGUCUGCUAAGGCCCGAGAGCAUACUUUUGGACAUGUAAAAACCAUAUACGGCUCUACCCAUGGAGGGGGACUGCAGCUCUUACCCUCUGAAAUUUUGCCCUUCGGUGUUUAAAAUUGGUUCAAAAUUUUCUUUUGUUCAACGAACCAUUGUUCAUUAUAAUGAGAUGAUGAGGCGACUAUGAUUUCAAACAUUUAGACGUGAUACUGAUACACUGUCGUAGUUUGAACCACCAGAUUAUAUUGAUAGCGUCGGCAUGGAAUGGAAGACGAUGGUACCUCUAAAGAGUUCCUGUAACCGAAUUUGAAGACUUUACAUAUGAAAAAUGAAAAUGGUUUUAUA